CGCGCGCAAGCCGUCUCGAAGGACUUUCUCUUUUGGGUCAAGCAACACCAAUGGAAUUCUAAAUUUGUGAUUGUUUUUCAAUGAAAAACAGCAAGAAAACUACCAAUGAGUAUUCCCUAACAACCAUAGCAAUAGUGYGAGAGGUUUUGUGGUGAAAAUAGGCCUUWUAAUCCCGCCUUGAGGUUUCAAAAGUUUUGCUUCUUGUGAUAUCAUGCCGGUUGCCUGCCAGCGACUGGAGUUUCUUCAACUCUUGAAGCUUUUGCAGUCAGUACACAAUGAAGAUGUUCAACAGAUUGAAAAACUUAUACUUAAUGGAGUUCCUGAUCUUGUCAAUUUAUCAGAACCAGAGCAUGGCGAGACAGGUCUUCAUAUCGCCGCAUGUAAAAACAACGAAAGCAURAUAUCUCUGCUACUAGACUUGGGUGCAAGCCCUAAUGUAUGUGAUCUCAAUGGACGGACCCCUGCCAUGCGAGCAGCUGAAUUUGGUCAUGUACAGGCACUUCGUUUACUCACUGAUGCUGGWAGUGACAUGUCAAUUAUAGACAAAGAAGGCAAAGGGAUUGUAUUUUAUUGCAUACAACCAACCAAACGACAUCUAGAUUGCUUAAGGAUUUGUCUGCGCAAUGGAGCAAAUGUUAAUAACAUGAGUACAGAGGGAGAAACUGUUCUCACUGUAGCAGCAACUAAUGGACUGGAUAGUGUUAUGAAAGAACUGCUAAAUUCUGGUGCAAAUCCUGAUGCAAAGAAUACGAAAACUGGCCAAUCAGCUCUACACUGUGCGGCAGAAGCUGGCAGCGUAGGUUGUGCUCGGCAYAUCCUAGAAGCGGGAUGCGACUUUGAUGCAGUAGACAACCAAAAUAUACAUGCUGCUCACUUAGCAGCACUUAAAGGACACUUUGACAUAAUCAGGCUGUUAGCUGCCUAUGGCAGUGAUGUCGGCAAGGUUGCAUUAGAUGGUAAUACCCCUUUACAUCAUGCAGCUGCUGGUGGGUUUGGUCCAAUGGUGAAGUUUCUAGGGCAACGAGGUUGUCCUGCCAGUUUGAAAAACAAGGAAGGCAAAACUCCAAGAGUUUUAGCCAAAGACAAUGAACACAAAGAAGCUACUAAGGARUGUAGGAAAGCUGAGAAACUUGCUGUGAAACUUAGUAAAGGAGGGGUUAAAGGAGGAGAACCAUUUGCAAUUCGGUUAUAUGACUGGCUACAGGAACAYGAGGAAAAAGUGCUAGGAAUGUUUCAGCAAUUUGACCCUGAAGAUGACGAUGGAGGAAAUCUAGGUUUCCUCACCAAAGAGAAUUUUGUUAUGUGUCUUCAGUCACUCAAUUGCCCUGUUGAAUCUAAUGAUUUAGAGAAAAUUGCAGUAACCCAUGACCCUAGUAAAGAAGACAAAGUAGAUUAUKCAUUAUUUCUGACCUGUAAAAAAGUUGUAGGAAAGAAUUUCAUGGUGACCCUGGGAAAGAAAAAGAAAAAGAAAGGAGGGAAAAAGGGAAGAAAAAAGAAGGGAAAGACAAAGAUUCCMCUUCCAAUUUGUACAGCACCAGAUGGUCCAAGGUCCAGGAAUGGUGGUCCACCCCUUGAGCUUUUAGAACGAUAUGUGCAUUUCACAGAUAAUUCAAGGUUUGAUAGGGACAACCCACCAGCUCAUCCAAUUCAAGAUGAUUCAGCUUGGUACCUUAGCUUUCCAGAAACGUCCUAUUUAAAUAUCAAUGAUGCGGCCAAGCUUGGUGACCUGGAGUCGCUAAAAGCAGCUUUCAUCAAGGGUACCCCUGUUGAUCAGAGAGAUAAAUAYUAYAAGACCCCCCUGAUGGCUGCUUGUGCUCAUGGCAACCUAGAUAUGGCUCAGUUCCUWCUGGACUUAGGGGCUGAAGUAAAUGGAAAAGAUAACUUUAAAUGGACGCCGUUGCACCACGCUUGUCACUCAGGUCAACUAGAGUUAGUGAAGUUAUUACUUGAAAGAGGUGCAGAACUCGAUGCACAAACUAUCAAUGGCGGCACACCUAUUAUGAGAGCUAUAGAGAGCUCCAGGGAAGACGUGGUUGAGUUUUUGAUAGCUAAAGGGGCCAAAAUUCAGUUGCCCAACAAGAAAGGACAUACAGCUCUUGAUGUUGCUAAGGCCUACUCUGACCCUCGAGUGGUUGCCAUGGUACAGAAACGAUGGGAUGAAAUACCACCGCCCGUCGAUAAGAAAAAACGUGGUGCUAGUCCUCGUAAACGCGCUGCCAAGUCUGCCCCAGGACAGUCCAAGACGCACAUGCCUAACGUGAAGUCAGCGCCUGAACAAAAAGAAGAGAUAUCAGUGUCAGCAAUCCCAUCAGUCAUCCCACGAAAGUCGUCAGUUCUCCGCGCUGCCUCGGCGUUGGGUAUCAUAAAUGAGAGACCAAAGUCGAUCGUAUACACUCCCAAGAGAGCCUGGCUACAACAACCUACAACGGAAGAGCUUCUACGAGCAAAAGAAAUCCAGAGAGUUCGUUUUGGCACCGACAUCGACUUUCCCGACUACAAACCGCCUUUCCAAAAACACAUUGUACUCAAAGCUGAUGCUUUUGCUGCAGAGGGGGACUCGUGACGAAAGAAUAUCAAUGACGUCAUUAUGACGUCAAAAUACAGUGAUGUGGRGCUUCAAAUUAAGGAAGGUCCCAGUCUCUUCAUAGSCCACUAUAACACAGGAACUCGACACUCCACAUCCUUCAUUAAUAUUUUCUUUUUUUUAUUAAUCCUCAAUAGGAAAUGUCGCCAUUUAAUGCAAGAAAARCAUGAUGGAAGUUGUAGUCCAUUUUUCAUUUCUACCWAAUACAGUCCUCUUUAGMCGUUUUUGCUUUUUCAUUGCAGAAAUAGAAAUAGUUGUGCUGUUUCUACAAAGGAAACAUACGUUAAUAAKGUCGUUUAAAAAGUUCGGGACAACAAUUCCCAUCAUGSUUUGUUCUACAAAAUGGCGUCGCUCGCGGGUAUUGCGGGUCGAUAAUAUUCUUUUUUAUUUAAUGAAAUAGUUAUUAGAUUUGAUUGAAAUAAUGAAAGUAGAUAAGUCAAAUAGGUUUUAGAUUUUUUAGGUUUUAGAUUUUUAUAUAGUUUAUAGUUCUUACAUUUUUAUUGUAUUAUAUUAUUUCAAAGGAAAAUGUUUAUCGUGAAUCCACGCUCUGUGAAUAUUUGCUGAUUAUUUACAAGUUGAUCACCCUUGUACAUUUGUCAGUUAUUUUGCAAAUAAAUUAAUACGAAAUUUAUACUUA